CGAAUUCGUAGAAAAAUGAGGAACAUUAAUAUCCGUUGAUAACAUGGAGAAGUGACCGAACCCAUAUCGUUUAGUAAUUCAGACCCCAGCUAGUAAAGUCUUCGAGACCACGUCUGUGAGCUUGUCGCACUAGUGGAACAAAGCCCAGACAUUUGGGCAACUUUUGCACUGCAUCCUACUUUCGCCCCAAAGUUUCUUAAGUGAGUUCGAGGCCAAUGCUAGCUGGGAAUUUCUCGUUCCGUAUAUAUGCGUGGAUUGUGCUAACGCAAAGAUCUUGUAAGACCUAUUCGCUGUUAUAUCCAUUAUGCCAAUUUGAUUCCCAACAAAGUUGUGGUACAUUCAAUAAAAAUGUCAAUAACAAAUAACUUGGUCAAAUUUCGAAAUCAGGAUUAUUGUGUUUUAAAAAAAGAGCAGCUAAAUAGAGGAGUGAAGUUUGUUGAUGAUGAAUUCCCUGUAGAAGCAAUGAAUCUACAAGGUCUUAAUACACCUGCUGGUGCAUUAAGCUUCUUGAGACCUUCUGAAAUUGUCUCAACUCCCUGUUUCAGUAGAAAUGAAUCUUACUUUAGUCUCAGGCGAGGCUUCAUCAAGAAUUUCAAUAUUCUUCUUGCAUUUACUGGUUUGAAAUAUAAUCAAAAGCACUGGUCCAAAGUACUUGUAGAUUUAAAAUCUCAGGAAUGGGAUGUUGAUCAUGUGAAUGAACAUCCUGGGAUUUUUCGCUUUCGAUUCUGGCAAGAAGGCACGUCAUUCGAAGUAAUAAUCGAUGAUUUACUGCCUUGCUACGAAGGAAAGUGUAUAUGCUUGUCGUCUUCUAGCGCUGCAGAAUUCUGGCCAGCCCUUUUAGAAAAAGCUUAUGCCAAACUGUUAGGUGGAUAUGAUAAGUUGGAACAUAUUCGAUUGGAGGAGAUUAUGAUGGAUUUGACUGGUGGUGUAACAGAGUCGAUCGGUCUACAUAAUCUCUCUUCUGCUCCAGCCAUGAAACAAGUUCUAUUCUUUGAACGAAUGGAACAAGAUCUAAUGGAUGAUUGUAUAAUAAUAUUUUGUACAAAUGCCAAUGAACAGCAUGUUGACUCGGUUGAUGAGUCGUUGCCUCAAAUUUUCGGUGCUCCUAAUCCUCAUGAUUAUAUACCUGACAAAGAGUCUGGACUCUGUUUAAAUUAUGGUUAUUUAUUGACAAGAGUUUGUGCAGUUCCAAAGGAUCUUAGUGUUUUUGGCGCUUUCAAGGAUAUAUUUCGACGUGCUGGUGAUUGUCCUAUACAAGCUCGUUUAAUGCGUCUACGUUGUCCUUUGACUGUGGUUGAUGGUGGCUGUGGUCAAGGUGAAUGGAAAGGACCCUACAGUUCAGCUUCCAGUGAAUGGGAGGAAAUAAGCUUAGAAGCACGUAAACGCUUAGGAUUAACUUUUGACUCAGAAACAGAAUUUUGGAUGCCACUUGAAUCUGUCCUAGAGCAUAUGACUGGUGUAUUAACAUGUCGUUUCCCAGACACUAGUUUAGUCAGUCUAACUGGACGUCAAACUUGGCGUUUAUAUGAACAUCAUGGAGCUUGGUAUGGUCAUCAAACUGGUGGAAGUUUACAAUUUAGAAAAACAUUUUUAAAUAAUCCUCAAUAUUAUUUUGAUAUUACAAAUGAUUCAGAUGAAGUUCUCUUAUCACUUGUACGUAAAUAUAAUCGUGAUCCAUUAACUAUGGUUAUAGAACCAGAUUUAAGCGUAUUAUCUGUUGGUUUAGGCCUAUUCAAGAUUGAAAAAAACCGUCCUGUGAAAGCACAUACAAUAUCUUUCUGUCAGGUAAUUCAUGUAGAACCAUGUCGACCGUAUCGAGUUUGUCUUAUUCGUGCACGUUUGUCUGUGGGUCGUUAUUUGGUAGUCCCAUUCAUGGAACAACCUUUGUCAACAGCUGCCUAUUUAUUGAGACUAUACUUACCAAAACGUUCAGAAAGCAAAGAAUAUACUCUGGAUAUACCGCAUAAUGGUUUUUUGGAUUUCUUUGCCGGUAAGCCAAAAGAAGCUGUUCGUCUACAUAUUCACAGUGCUACAAAUCUUCUAUGGCCUGAUGGAAAAAAUCCUCCAUCACCGUAUUGUGUUAUCAAAUGUGAAAAUGAGACUGUAUACACAACUAUUUCACAAAGUAAUAACAAUCCUGUCUGGGAUGAAUACUUUGUAUUCUACCGUCGUAAAUUGAAUAAACCGAUUGUAAUUUGUAUCAUGGAUAAACAUACUAUUGGAUUUGAUGUAUUCCUUGGACGGCAUAGUUUCACAGAUGCGGAAUUAGCUAAUCGAAGUCUACAAGAGGUAGCAUUGUUUGGCAAAGAUACAAAAGAUGAAAGAUUUCAGCGGAUGAAAGGUUCUUUAUUGGUUGAAUUCUAUACAGUUGGUGAAGAAGACUUCAUGAAUAUUUAACAAUAAUCAGUUGGCUGUCGUCUGAUCUCAUAUGUAUAAACGGACACAAACACACACACUGCUUGCCUUUCAUCGACAAAUUAAAAAUGGUUGUGAUCUAUGGGAUGUCGGUACUGUGAUAAAUUACUUUCCUAGUGUCUUUUAUUAUUAUUGUUUGUAAUUUGUUCUUAUAUUUGUAUAACUUUUGAUAUUUGCCUUGAAAAAAAUAUGCUUUUUGUUGUAUUAUUUUAUUGUAUUUUACGUUAUUGCUGAAGAAGGGAUUAAAUGGUUAUUACA